AUGACUACUACAGUGCCAAAGGUAUUUGCUUUCCAUGAGUUUGCGAAAGUUGCAGAGGCUGUUGCAGAUCACAUUGUGCACGCUCAAAAUGAUGCGUUAGAGGAGAAACCUUCUUCUUCUUCCGCAUCUGGUGGGGCCAAUGGGUUUAAUUCUCACCAGACAGUUGGAAAUAGUCCGAAUAGUGGGAAUUUUGCUGCCCAGCAGGUUGUUAGGUCUGCUUCUAUGAGGAAUAAUCGGAAUAGUUCUGGAACUCAGCUGUCUAAGAACAAAAAAGCGAAGGAGCGUCGUUUUAGAAUUGCAUUAUCAGGAGGAUCUUUGAUUCAGGUGUUGCACGAGGGGCUUUUGAAGCGGCCCGAUGUGAAGUGGGGGAAAUGGGAUAUUUAUUUUGCAGAUGAAAGACUUGUUCCAUUUGAAUCUCCCGAAAGCAAUUAUGGUCAGGCUAAGAGACAAAUAUUUGAUUUGAUAGACACUGAGAAGUAUGGAGAGCCGAACGUCUACCAUAUCAACGACUCCCUUAUUCACGAUCCUUCCGAGUGCGCAGAUGAUUAUGAGAAAGUGUUAAUCAAGGGAUUUGCCGGUAGGGACUCUGUCAAGCUUCCAAUGUUCGACUUGCUAUUGCUUGGCUGCGCACCAGAUGGCCACAUUGCUUCUUUAUUCCCUAAUUUUCAAGAAUCUUUGCGCGAACGUUUGGCUUGGGUUAUCCCCGUGACCAAUGCGCCAAGUGGGCCUUCGAAUAGGGUAUCUCUAACCAUCCCUGUUAUUUGCCAUUCCCAUCAAGUUACGUUUGUUGUGGAAGGUACUACCAAGGCCCCAGUGGUGAAAACGAUAAUGGAGAGGCCGGAAAAGGGUCUACCAAGUAGUAUUGUUAACGAAGGAGCAGCUGGACGUGUCUCCUGGUUUGUGGACGAUGAUGCAUUGACUGAUGUCAUGGUAACCAAGAAGAAGUAUAAAUUCUUGGUUCCUAACCCAAAUGCUAAUCUGAAUAAAAUACAAUAA